UCAGAAGAGACGCAGCAGCUGCUCAGAGUAAAGAGAGGACACCAAUAAAGCUUACAACCAGAUAAAAUAAAAUAAGGAAACCGCAGAUGCUCUAAAGGAUCGCUUACAUUAGAGAUUGAGAGGAGAGAAGACAGGUAGAAACUGAGUUGACUGAGACCUGAAAUCUAAUAAGAAAAUUUUGAAGAAUCACAUCUUUGGCUAAUGUUACUUUAAUUUUAAAGCAGGGCUGGGGGAAAGUUCCCUCACAGUUCAUUUUUUGGCCUAAUUUCAACUUUAGUGAGAGAGACAAAGUAAGGAAAAAAAUUAGUUUGGAAAGAAAGCUUGAGGUAACCACAAUGAGGAUGUUUAACAAAAACCUCCGCCUUCAGGACAUCACCAUCAUGUACUUCACUGGCCUGGCUGCCCUUAUGGUCAUCCUCGUGGCUUCGUAUCAGGCACCCUCCAAUGCCGUAGACGUGUCCAGCGUAAAGCCGAGCCCUUCCAGUGAUUUGCCACCUCUCACCAUGCCUUUCCAUAUGCCUCUGGAUCCACGCGGGGAUCUCCUGCUGUCCUGGAACAUCAGUUAUGUCAGCCAGGAGGUUUACAUGCAGCUUAGGGUUGCAGAGCUCAAACAUGGGGUGGUCCUUGGGAUGUCGGAUCGUGGUGAGCUUACUAAUGCAGACCUGGUUGUGCUGUGGGACACUGGGACAAGGAGCUACUUCGGGGAUGCGUGGAGUGAUAGCAAAGGCCAUGUAUCCCUGGACACCCAACAAGACUAUGAGCUGAUUGAAACCAAACAGAAAGCUGAUGGAUUUUACCUGAUCUUCAAGAGACCUUUUAGCACCUGCGAUCCUAGGGACUAUGUCAUAGAGGAAGGAACUGUACACAUCAUCUACGGCUUGUUGGAUGAACCUCUUCCCUCUCUUGAAGAUCUGAACCUGUCCAGGAUCCAUACAGGGGUACAGAGGUUGUUAAUGCUGCGUCCUGACAUGCCGUCACCCACUUUGCCUCCAGAUGUGCGCACAUUGGAUGUUGUUGCACCAAAUGUCAUCAUACCAAACCAAGAAACUACCUACUGGUGCUUUAUCCAGAAACUGCCAGAUAAUAUGCCCAAGAACCACAUUAUCAUGUAUGAAUCUGUGAUAACUCCAGGUAAUGAGGCCAUUGUGCAUCAUAUUGAAGUGUUUGAGUGCGCACCGGAUCUCCAAGAAGUACCGCACUACAGCGGCUCCUGUGACGAUAAGAUGAAACCCAGAAAGCUCAACUUCUGCCGCCAUGUACUCGCUGCAUGGGCCAUGGGGGCUGAGGCUUUUUACUAUCCCACUGAUGCAGGCCUAGCCAUGGGUGGACCUGGUUCCUCAAGGUUCCUUCGUCUGGAAGUCCAUUACCACAACCCUCUACUUAUUUCUGGCCGGCGCGAUUCAUCAGGUAUAAGACUGCAUUACACUCCCAGCCUGAGGCGGUACGAUGCAGGGAUCAUGGAGCUGGGCCUGGUUUAUACUCCUGUCAUGGCGAUUCCUCCAAAGCAGCAUUCCUUCUAUCUCACUGGGUAUUGCACAUCCAAGUGCACGCGGACUGCUUUGCCCCCAGGUGGUAUCUAUGUAUUUGCAUCCCAGCUCCACACCCACCUGGCCGGCCGUGGGGUCAGAACGGUUUUGGUGAGGGGAGGGAAAGAGCUGGAAGUGGUUCAGGAAGAUCCGCACUUCAGUACAGAGUACCAGACAAUCCGAGUUCUAAAGAAAAUGGCAAAUAUCUUACCAGGAGAUGUCCUUAUAACAAAAUGUACUUACAACACAGAGGACAGGAACAAGCCUACAGUGGGAGGUUUUGGCAUCAUGGAAGAGAUGUGUGUUAAUUACAUUCAUUACUACCCUCGGACUCAGCUCGAGCUCUGCAAGAGCCACGUUGACCCAGAGUACCUGCAGAAAUAUUUUACCUUCAUUAAUAGGUUCAAUGGUAAUGACCAGUGUGUGUGUGGCGAUGUGGGUGUGACAGAGCAGUACUCUCAGGUGCACUGGGAUGAUUUUGCUGGAGAAGUGUUGGAUUCUCUUUAUAAUACAGCUCCCAUCUCCAUGCACUGCAAUCAGUCGACUGCACGCCUCUUUCCUGGUGAAUGGGAGAAACAGCCUUUACCAGAAGUGACCUCCAUCCUACCAAAACAUCGCUACCCCUGCGAAGGAGGUCCAAAGUCUUACAGUUAAGCUGGUACGGCUCCGGUCGGUGCAGCAGCAGAAGUUUCAGGACAGAGAGCGAUAGUGGGACCAAUAGAAGACCAAAGAGGCAUCUGUAAUGUGACUUAGUUUGUUUUUAGUUCUAUUUCUGUAUUUCUAAAUUGCAUCCACUGCUUACUGUAAUUUUCCAAGUUCAAACUCCUACUUCCUCUGUCUAUUGUUAGUGCAUACUUAUUAAGUUAAUAGCAGCCUUAAUCAGGAGUUAUAUUUAAUAAACUGACAUAAAUCAUAUUUUGCAUCACAGUGGUGCAAAACAUGAUAUAAAAAUGAAAAGCUAAAGAAAAAAAAGUUUUUGUUUUCCUUUGCAUGUUUCUUUAAUGACAUUAAAGCAUUGUUA